UCCAUCCACCCCUCAAGCGUAUCCCAGCAGCACAACAUCAACACCCUUCCCGCAUCUUGGCUUUCCCGGGACUCUUUUCCCAAACAACCUCAAGCAAGAUGAACACCCACUCUCCCUACUCCCCCCAACCAUCGUCCAUCUCCCAACUAUCCCACCUCAACCCCCACGCCCACCCCCAUGCCCACAGUCAUAGCCCGAGGACAGUAUCCAUCACGAUGGAAGAUUAUCUGGCGGAUGAUGGAGGGGAGGAACAUCAGUUGAAUAUGGAUAUGGUGCAUGAUUUCGGGGGAGAGGGGAUGGGGGUGGAUAUGCGCGAGUUUACUAGGCAUGAUGACCUCGACGAAACGAUCUCGCACCACGAACUAACAGGCUCCACCCCCCACCCACCUACCUCUGCAACGUCAGCUUCAGCGAACGACGGUAGCAACUACGGCCAGGCUCAAACCCAGGCGCGCGCUACUCCUCGUACUACCGGGCGGGAAGAGAGGAGUGCGAGUGGGCGUGUUGGAGGGGAGGGCAGGCCGGGGAGCGCGAGUGGGGCGAGUCAGGGGAGUGCGGGGUUGGAUAGUAUGUUUCAGACGGAGACGGGGUUGGAUGAAGAUGACGACGACGACGAAGACUCUACCAGCACCAAACGCCGCAAAGGCGACAAAGGCUCCGCUUUCGAAACCGAAAAAGACACCCAGCGGCGCAAGAUCAAAAUCGAAUACAUCUCGGACAAAUCCCGGCGCCACAUCACCUUCUCCAAGCGUAAAGCGGGGAUCAUGAAGAAGGCGUAUGAGCUGUCGAUUCUGACAGGGACGCAGGUGUUGUUGUUGGUGGUCAGUGAGACGGGGUUGGUUUAUACUUUUACGACGAGUAAACUGCAGCCGUUGGUGCAGAAGCAGGAGGGAAAGUCUUUGAUCCAGGCUUGUUUGAAUGCGCCAGAAGGAUUCGGACCAGACGGCGAACCAGCCGACGCCGGGCCUGUACCAGCUACAAAAGCGAAAAACGGUGGCCUCGCCAUCCGGCCGCACAAACUCACGCCCCAGGCUACAGCAGCUAUGGCGGCUUCUGCCCAUGCCGCGAGUGGUCUCCCCAAUGACAUGCCGAGUUCAUCCCAUUCCCACCUCCCGCCUCAGAACCAGGCUCAGGCGCACGCGCAACAACAGCUCGACGCCGUCUCGGCCCUCGGCGUCGGCCAAGGGUCCCCCAGCUCCCGGCCCAAGAAACGGAUGCCCUCCAAACGCCGUACAGCGUCUUCAGUUGGAGGAGAAUCGAAACCCGACCUUUCGCUUCCACUCCCUUCAGAGAUGCCGCCCGUGCCGCCUAUACCCGACAUCCACCGUCCCCCACCCGCCUCGUCUUCUCAUUCACAACAGAGUACGCCCCAACCGAGGAUGAUGCCCAACCCGGGCGCGGGGGCGGUUCAGCAAUCGCCGUUGACGACGGGGCAGUUCCAUCUACCGGCGGAAUACCAUCAUCAUGCGCAUCCGGGCCAGCCGACGGGGGGCGCGGGGGCGGGGCAUUAUUAUCAGCCGGCGCCGGAGGGGACGUUUUAUUAUGCUUCUUCGCCUGCGGCUCCGCCUACGCCUUCUUCUGUUUCUGGGCCGGGACAGGGGCAUGGGGAUGGAGCGGGGCAAGAUGGGGGGCAAGGAGGAGGAGGGGGAGGAGGGGGCCAAGGGGGGCAAGGGUAUGUGUUGCAGCAACAUCCGCACAUGUUUCAUAACCCCUCGCCGCAACAACAUCAGCAGCAUCAGCAGCAUCAGCAGCAUCAACAGCAGCAGCAGCAGAGGGAGAGGGAGAGGUUGAUGGGGAUUGGGAUUUGAGCCGCGGCGUUUUCUUGGUGGUCUUUGUCUUGUCGGGCGAUUUUUUUAUGACGAAUAUAUCCACCCUUUCUCUUCUAUACGUACUCUAUCAUCUAAUAGCUACUUUACAUCGCCUAGCUUCACUUACCCUAUCCUCACAUUAAUAGAUACUCAACCCUUUUUUUUGUAAUUCUCUUGGUUGUUUUUUUGUUGACAACGUCCCUCACACUUUCUUCUCUCUUCUAUGAUUAUGGCGGUGGCUAUCUAUAUAUUCCCCGGAUUUUUCUUGGAUACCCUUGAUAUAUGAUAUUGAUAUUGCUAUACACAGUAUGAUUAUGCGAUUAAUGCGC